UUCCAUUUAAGAGUGCUCUUCGUCUUCUUCCUUCGCUCUGCUCACUCCGCUCUCUCCACCGCUUUCUCAUCCCUAAUCCUUGCAAUCUGAGGGAAGAAAUCAAACUACAAUGGCGGUCAUGGAGCUUCUUCCAUUUUGUUCCAUCUUUUUGUUCACCCUCCUCGCCUCCUCUGUUUCCGAAGCCAGAAACGUCGGUGUCAACUAUGGCAGGGUGGCCAACAACCUGCCUCCGGCGACCAAAGUGGUGGCGCUGCUGAAAUCCAACGGCAUUGGCCACGUCAAGCUAUACGACGCCGACCCCUCCGUCCUGCGCGCCCUUGCCGGCUCCGGCAUCAAGGUGGUGGUCUCCGUGCCCAACGAGCUCCUCGCCUCCGUCGCCGCUCGUCCGGGCUUCGCUCAGCAAUGGGUGCAGCGCAACGUCGCCGCCUACUACCCCUCCACCAAGAUCCACGCCAUCGCCGUCGGCAACGAGGUUUUCGUCUUCCCCCGCAACAACAUCACCAACUUCCUCGUCCCGGCGAUGCAGAACGUCCACGCCGCGCUCGUCCGCCUCGGUCUCGACGCCGACGUCAAGAUCUCGUCCCCCAUCGCCCUCACGGCGCUCCAAAACUCCUACCCCUCCUCCGCCGGUAGCUUCCGGCCAGAGCUGGUGGAGACGGUGAUCCGGCCGAUGCUAGAGUUUCUGCGACAGACGGGCUCGUAUCUCAUGAUCAAUGCCUACCCUUUCUUCGCCUACGAAGCGAAUUCCGAUGUCAUUUCCCUCGAUUACGCCCUGUUCCGUCCUAAUUCCGGAGUCGUCGACGCCGGUAACGGACUCAAGUAUUACAACCUCUUCGACGCCCAAAUCGACGCGGUGUUCGCGGCAAUGUCGGCGCUCAAGUACGACGACAUCAAGAUCGUGGUGUCGGAGACGGGGUGGCCGUCGAAGGGCGACACCAAGGAGACCGGCGCGGCGGCGGAGAACGCCGCGGCGUAUAAUGGAAACUUAAUCCGGCGGAUUCUGUCUGGGAACGGCGGCACGCCACUGCGGCCGCAGGCCGACAUCGAUGUAUACCUCUUUGCUCUGUUCAACGAGAACCAGAAGUUCGGGCCGGCUUCCGAGCGGAACUACGGGCUGUUCUACCCCGACGAGGGGAAGGUGUACGACGUCGAGUUCUCGCUUGGCGGCGGUGGCGGCGGCGGGCUGAGGUGGGAGGAAGACGGGGGAAGGCCGUCGCCGUCGAAUUCUACUUCUGCGCCUCCGGCGGCGGAGGGGGCAGGGGGUACGGUGCGGGCGAGCUCGACGGGUGAGACCUGGUGCGUGGCGAACGCCGUGGUGGGGAAAGCGAGGUUGCAGGCCGCUCUGGACUUCGCGUGCGGGGAAGGGGGAGCGGAUUGCCGGUACAUACAGCCAGGGGCGGCGUGCUUCGAGCCCAACACGGUGGAGGCGCACGCCUCCUACGCCUUCAACAGCUACUACCAGAAGCAGGGCCGCGCCGGCGGUUCCUGCUACUUCGGCGGCGGCGCCUACAUCGUUUCCCAAUCGCCCAAGAUUGGAAACUGCGCCCUCCCUUCAGGAGUCUGACGGGAAAAGGAAGGGGGCCAAGGGGCGAUGGAGGAGCAAUAUCAGCCCAAUUUCUUUUGCAGUAAAAUUAUUAUAAAAUAUUAUAUAUGUGUUUUUAAGAUAGAUGUUCGAUAUUUGCUGUAACUGUAAGCUCUCUACUAGGCAACAUAGCAUGUGAACUGGUGCAGUAA